AUGAGAACCAGUACAGCGUGUUUGCAGUGCCGAACAGCCAAACGUAAAUGUACCCGAGACCAAGGGAAUGGCCCCUGUAACCAAUGCCACCAGAGACAGGUGUCUUGCUCGAAGGCCAUCGUUCGCCAACAUAGCCAACAGCUGCAGACUAAUGUUUUGAAUUUACCUUCCUCAGCCGAAGCCGUGGUCGAAGCUGUCAGGCACCCUUACUCGACAGAGGUCUUUGACCUUGUUGAUCUUUAUUUCGAUUAUAUACACGACAAACCUCAUAUUUUGUUCCACGAGUCAACGCUGAAGACUAGUGUGCGCAAUGGAUCCGUUUCGCGAACAGUUCUUCUAAGCUUAAUAGCUAUAUCUGCCCGGUUUUCGGAUAACCCUACAGUACGAGCUUUGGGGCCCGCCUACGCACAAGGCUCGAAAGCAUGUUUCAAGGCAGACCUUGAAAACGUGUGCAUCGAAAAUACGCAAGCGGCUAUCGUCAUUGCUAAUAUAUGUCUGGCUGAGGGAGACUCAAGGGCAGAGUCCUUGUACUACGCUCUUGCUAUCCGAAUGGCACAAAUGCUGGAUUUAGCAUCGGGCAAUGAAAACGAUGAUGGAAUUACACGGGAGUUAAAAAGACGGAUAUGGUGGACAUGUUUUAUCGUUGACAUCUGGUCAAGUGGCGGUGGAAGCUUGGCCCGUCAACUCCAAGUCGGCGAACACCAACCACGCUUACCCUUAGAAGAAAUCACCUUCCUCGAGCUACAGCCUGGCGAAAGAGACCUCGGUGACGCCGCGUGGAAAACCGGGAUUUGGAGCCAUAUGGUCCGUAUGAUUGAGCUCUAUAAAGAAAUACAAGAUCUUCUCCGCUACCUUGUCGCGACUACCCAAUGGGACGAAGAUUUCAUUGAAAAUACAGUUCAUGGGCUAGCUGUGCGACUUCUUGCCUUUGAGGAAAGACUUGGCCCGGAACUAACCUUCUCCGCCGAGAAUGUAGCCCGACACGCUCGUCGCGGUACGGGGAGAUUGUUCACAGGGUUCCAUUUAGGGUAUCAAUAUUAUUGUAUGGUUCUAUUUUACCAAUAUCUUGACAAAAGCAGACCUUCGACUAGGAACGGUGCUGCCUACGCUGAUCGGUGUAAACUACAUGCCCGCCGGUUUUGCGAUAUUCUACGGACAGCACGGCAGUGGCCUAAGGCUGAGGCGUUGCACAACAUUAACGCACAUAUUACCAUUGUCUCAUCAUCAGUCCUACUACACAACUAUAUGUUUGGAGAUGCAAGUGAACUUGCAGAUACGCAAGCUAGACUUGAAUCAAAUUUGGAAUUCAUGGUUAAGUUACGCAGGUAUUGGCCCAGCGUCGAGCUCGUAAUCAACCGACUAAAUGUCUUUCUGAGGAGCUGCGUAAGCUCCACCUCGAAAAAUACGCAUCGGUUCGAUAAGUGGAUGGUGAAAUUUUUACAAGAAUAUUCAAUGACCUUGGCGGAAAAGAAGGAGGAGGAGCCGAGAAGCCCUCAAAGUCAAAUGGAUGCAUAUGAAUAUGGGUUCAGCCAACGAAAUUUAACGAUGCAGGGGGUUAUUUCGACAUAUGGUUCCGAUAGAACAGUAAACUAUGGCUUCUGA